UUCAGUUGGGGUGGCUGGAUCUAAAAAUAAUGGGCGUGUCACUCUUAAAUUUAGGACUCCUCACUUUUUUCACUAAGAGCAAUUCACAAAGUAUUUUAGGCCUAAAAGUAGCACCUAAGUCUAGGAGAGCUUAAAAGUCCUCAAGAGGACUCCUAACUCAGUAAGACCUAUUCACAAAGAAUCGUAAAAUGCCUGCGAGACGAAAUGUUAGGGUAUUCAACUUGUUGUGGAGUUAAUGGCGAUGCAAUAACAUCCCAGACUAACAGGAAUAAUCCGAUUAGUCCCGAAAUAAAAUGUUUGGCCACACUACGUUAUUUAGCAACAGGGGAAAUGCAACUUUGCAAUGCCGACGAUUUAAAAUUAUCGCAACCAUCAGUCAGCCGUGCCAUAAACUUUCCUUUGGACAUUCAACAAUUACACAGGAUCAAAGCCAACUUCAUGGCAAUUGCAGGUAUGCCCGGUGUGGUCGGUGCUAUUGACGGGACGCACAUAAAAAUAAUUGCGCCAUCAAAAGACGAGGACGUGUUCGUCAAUAGGAAGAAAAUGCAUUCCAUCAACACGCAGGUUGUUUUUGAUGCAAAUGUUAACAUAGCCUACUGGAUGUUGUUGCAAAGUGGCCUGGAUCUUCAGCUACCCAUGAUUCGCGCAUUUUAAUGGUGAGCGGUCUGAGGCAGCUUUUUGAGAUGUACCAGUUGGGUGUCACUUGCUGGGUGACAUGUGACUAUCCAUGCAAGACGUGGCUCUAGACACCCUCUGUCAUGUCACGCAAAGUUUGUUAAUUCUGUUGAGCCAAGUUAAAAUCACUCAUGUCUUGUCAUUCACUUUCUGUUUUAUUUUGUAGUUCCCUUUUCCCUCUCGUUUCAGGCACUUGACUUUCUCAACUGUGAUUGCCUCCCCGGUCUCUGAUUCGUCUCACCUGUGUUCCCCUCCCUCAUGUAUAAAUAGCCCUUGUUUUCCUUUGUCUAAUGUCAGUUCGUCUUGCGUCCCCAGCGUAUUGUCAAGCCUCAGGAUUUGUUAGUUUUUGACACUUGCAGAUACUACUGUAUUUAACUGUGUUUUGUAUACUCCUAAGCGAGCACCUUUUGGUUAUAGUUUUGUGUCCUCCAUGAGAGCGUUUUUUGUUACCUUUUUCUAGUAAAGCGUUUUUGGUUUAAACAUACUGCCGUCUUCUGAGUUUUGCUUCUGAGUCCUUGUCCCUGAGUCAAGUCGUGACACCCUACCUCAAUCCACAACCGAGAGCACAGUUAAAGUAUAACAUAGCACACAAACAUACACGAAAUGUUGUGGAGAGAGGAAUUGGGCAGAUGAAACGUCGGUUUCAUGUCCUCCAUGGCGAAAUACGCCUCACCCCAGAGAGGGCAAGCACAGUAAUCACUGUAUGUGCCAUUCUACACAACCUCUGCAAGCGGAGGAACAUUCCACAGCCAGACGAUGAUGAUGAUGGCGAUCAACAUGACAAGGAAUUUGGCCGUGUGGAACCGAGUGGACAGGCAUUUAGGGAUCACUUUGAAAAACACAUUUUAGGUAAACACCUUGGCACCAAUCAGUCAACACUUGGGUAGUUCAUAACAAUUAUUUUCUUUAAAAUUGUACCUAUUUUUAUUGUUUGCUUUCUCUCUCUCUUGAACGUGCAGGCUACAACGUCAUUAUCGUGGUCUGCACAAAAUUGUCAUCAUGUGUGUAUUCUGCUAACUGCACUAACUACUUAAUAGGAAUUCAUUUCUAGCCUAGGCUAGUUCCUUGUUUUUCGGUGAUUCAGUGGCCUCGUCUGAACAACCAAUCACUGACCGCUUCUAAACUCGUGCACGAGAAUUGACGUAAUCCAUAGCAACGGCGCGUCACUCUUAGUUCACUCUUUGUGAUUUAUCCUUAGUAAGAGUGGGUCUCAGCGGCUUUGUGAAUAACUUUUAAGAAAAAACUCCUACGUAAGAUGUUUUAGCGCGAGUUAGGAGCACUCUUAGCGGUAAGAUAAAAUGCUUUGUGAAUACGGCCCCUGAUCUUUAAUUCAUUAUAACAAAUAUACAUUUGUUAUCUAGUUUAGUUAAGCAAUUACGUAUUGAACUAAUAUCUCAUGACUUUUACAGAUGACAAAACCGAAGACUAUUGGAGAAUGUCCCAUUUGCAGGAAAGUAUUAUCUUUUGUGGCAAAGCAUCUCAUCUCCUUUGCGUGGAGAAACACCUGAGGACUCAUUCAGAGCUUCCCAAGGUAAACGUGGAUCGGGAGAUCAAGGCCCUCAAGCGCACUACAGCCAUUAACCAGCUGGCGGCCUUGAGGGCCACUGAUCCCCAUCCACCCAUGGUCAGCACACUCGACCAGCCAGUGGACCAGGCGCAGCAGUCUGACCCGGAGGCGGGAGUAAGCAUGUGCAAGAAGCGCACUUGUGUCAAUGCCCGCCUCCGGGUCCGUGAGCUCGAAAGGGAGCUGGCAGACCUCCGUACUUUUUUUCCCUGAGCAGAGGUUGGUCCAGCUCCAGGCCAAGCGCCGGCCUCGACAGGCAGCCCCAAUACCGGCCCCGGAGGAGGAGGAGGAGGAGCCUUUGUCCCUGGAGGAGGAGGAGCCUUCGACCCCGGAGGAGGAAGCCCCGGCCACAGCCACGGAGGAGGAGGAAGCCCCGGCCCCGGGCACAGCCAAUGAGGAUGAGGAAGCUCCGGCCCCGGCCGGAGCCACAGCCACGGAGGAGGAGGAUGCCCCGGCCCCGGCCACAGCCACAGCCACGGCCACGGAGGAGGACGAAGCCCCGGCCACGGCCACGGAGGAGGAGGAAGCCCCGGCCACGGAGGAGGACGAAGCCACAGCCACGGCCACGGAGGAGGAGCAGGAGAAGCAACAAACCCUGAAAGCGGUCAAGCGCAAACUACCAUUUGGCACUCUUGGGAAAAAAAGCAAGCUUCAAAAAAAAUCUGCUGCUGCUAAGGAGGAGGAGGAGGAAGAGAAGGAUGGAGGAGGAGGAGGCACCAGGGAUGUGUCGGCCUCACGGGUGUUCAUGUCCCUCCUCAAAGGGAAGAGCAGGGGCUCAACCUUGAGGAACAUAAAGUUUGGGACCUCCAUGGCUACCCUGCUGAGAGCGGCUGGCCUGGCCCCGACCACACUCGUUUUGUAUGUGGGCCAGGCCAUCUCCUUCAUGGAGUACUUCCGCGAUACCCCGGCUAAAUAUUCCCGGGUGACCAACGGCCAGCUGGUCAUGGUCACCCGGGAGUUGAGAAAACUGAUGAAAGACCUCAACAGGAACGUCCUUGGCCACCAGUCCCUGGUGAAACAGGGCAAACAGUUGAGACUGGUGGCCAAGGAGGACCUGGCCAAGUGCCAGCUCCUGGCCAAGGAAAAAGCGGAGCGUGUGUGA